AUGUUUAGAAAAUUAAAAGUAUUGGUAUUAGCAUUAAUUUCCAUCUAUAAUUUCUUGUCAACCGAAGCGGUCAAUGGAUCAUUUCCUGCGCUUUUGGCUUUUGGAGAUUCAAUAGUUGAUACCGGUAACAACAAUUACCUCCUGACUCUAAUGAAAGGAAAUUACUGGCCAUAUGGCAGGAGUUUCGACAUGAGAAUGCCUACCGGAAGAUUCGGAAAUGGAAGAGUUUUCUCUGAUAUAAUUGGUAUAAUCAUUUAUACUAAAGUUUUUUUAUUUUCCUUUUUUUCAGCCGAUGGUUUAGGGGUAAAAAAAACAUUACCAGCUUAUCGUAAGUUGUUCAUUGCUCCAAGUGACCUUAAAACUGGUGUUUGUUUCGCAUCAGGUGGUGCAGGAGUCGACCCUAAAACAAAUAGAAUGCUGAGAGUUUUAUCGCCGAAAGACCAAGUAAGAGAUUUCAAAGGCUACAAAAGGAAGCUAACGGCCGUAGCAGGGGCACGUGCAAAUAAUAUUAUUGCAAACGCAGUGUUUCUUAUUUCCGAAGGAAAUAAUGAUAUUGGAAUCACAUAUUUUGGGACAGGAUCCGGACUUCGAGGAAUGACUCCAAAUAGAUACACCAAUAAACUAGUUGCAUGGAACAAACAAUUUAUGAAAGAUUUAUAUGACCAAGGAGCUAGAAAAUUCGCGGUGAUGGGAGUGAUACCAUUGGGAUGUUUGCCUAUGUCAAGAAUCUUCCUUGGUGGAUUCGUGGUGUGGUGCAACUUCUUCGCGAAUAGAGUAGCCCAAGAUUACAACAGAAAAUUGCAGAGCGGAACUAAAAGUUGGGCUGGAGAAUCGGGCUUUAGCGGUGCAAAGUUUGUCUAUGUCGACAUGUACAACACUCUUAUGGAUGUUAUCAACAAUCAUAGGAAAUACGGAUUUACAAAUGAGAAGAAUGGGUGUUGCUGCAUGAUUACGGCAAUAGUACCAUGCCCCAACCCAGAUAAAUACGUCUUCUAUGACUUUGUUCAUCCCUCCGAGAAAGCCUACAAAACAAUUUCGAAAAAGCUUGUCCAGGAUAUCAAGACAGGCCUUGCCUGAUUUCUUACAAUGCUUUAUUGUAAUCUUAAUAACUACCAUCGUUAUUUAUUUAUAUAUAAAAUCAUAUACAUGAGAUAUGAU